UCAGCUCUCGCUUUGAUGCAGCUUCCAUUUGGAUGCCUCCAGAGUCUGCCCUGUGACCCUGAGACCUCAGCUGGAUGCUUUUCUACUCCCUCCCGCCUUACCUCAGCACCUGGGGGCAUCUCUUUCAAAAUCAUCUGCCGUUUGAGCUCUGCCGCCUGACAGAUGCAGGGGCUUUAAUCCAGGAUGAACGAAUGCUACUAUGAUAAGCGCAUGGACUUCUUCUAUAACAAGACAAACACUGACACAGUAGAUGAGUGGACAGGGCCAAAGCUUAUUGUCGUUUUGUGUUUUGGGACAUUUUUCUGCCUCUUCAUUUUCAUUUCAAAUUCAUUGGUCAUAGCAGCUGUGGUCAAGAACAAGAGGUUUCAUUUUCCCUUUUACUAUCUCCUGGCCAACUUAGCUGCUGCAGACUUUUUUGCUGGAAUUGCCUACGUCUUCCUGAUGUUCAACACUGGCCCAGUGUCUAAGACAUUAACUGUUAACCGCUGGUUUUUGCGCCAGGGUCUCCUGGAUACCAGCCUGACAGCUUCCCUGGUGAAUCUCCUGGUCAUAGCUGUUGAGCGGCACAUGUCGAUAAUGCGGAUGAAGAUCCACAGUAACCUCACAAAGAAGAGAGUCACCUUUUUAAUUAUAUCAAUUUGGGCCAUUGCUAUUUUCAUGGGUGCUGUUCCUACCCUGGGUUGGAACUGCCUCUGUGACAUUACCGCCUGCUCAUCCCUGGCGCCUAUUUACAGCAGAAGUUACCUGGUCUUCUGGAGCGUCUUAAACCUAGUCGUCUUCUUCAUUAUGGUGGUGGUUUACAUAAGAAUCUACAUGUACGUCCAGAGGAAAACUAAUGUCCUGUCAUCGCACACUAGCGGAUCCAUUAGCCGUAGGAGAACCCCUGUGAAGCUUAUGAAGACUGUCAUGACACUCUUAGGUGCCUUUGUUGUCUGCUGGACCCCUGGCCUGGUCGUCUUACUGCUCGAUGGUCUGAACUGCACCUACUGUGGGAUUCAAAAUGUUAAAAGGUGGUUUCUUCUCCUGGCCCUGUUGAACUCUGUCAUGAAUCCAAUAAUUUAUUCAUACAAAGAUGAUGAGAUGUGGGGUACCAUGAAAAGGAUGAUUUGCUGCUCCUCUGAGGAUAAGAGCCAGGACAGACGCUCAUCACGGAUCCCCUCGACAGUUCCCUGCAGGAGCACGGAUACCUCAGGGCACUACAUUGAAGAUGGCAUUAUUCAAGGGACGAUUUGUGGAAAAGGAGAUCUUGGGGACAAAGGAAACUCCUGAGCUAUUCAAGGGACUGACUUGGCUGGAAAAGGAGAGGGGGAAGGGAGAGGUUUUGUAAGAGAAGAUUGACUGGCAAAGCUAGUAAACAAUAUAUCUACUUUGUUCCAGAGCCUAAACUCCAGUGUUAACAAAAGUUCUUAUAAAUAAUUGCCUGAUGGAAAAACACUUUGUGAUGAAGAAAACUUUCUGUGCUGCCGUCUUUCUCCUUUUUUUUUUUUUUUUUUCUUUUAAGUACAUGAAAUUGUUUAUUCGUGUGAAUGGA